AGUAGGGUGAUCACGUGCGCGAGAAAGACGGCACGUGCGUACGUACAGAUUGGAGAUGUCGCGCUUAUUGGUUUGUUUUGCAAGUCUUUUGUCUUUGGUGGACUGGUCGCUGGCGUAUCCUAUCCACGCCGAGUGCAAACUCACUUGGACGUUUCCUAAAACCAGUUGUGCUAAUGUUUCCACUGCACUCAUAAAACAAAUGAAAAUGUGGCACACUGAUAAAGGCUGUGAGAACGGUGGUGAAGAGAAGUGCCUAUACACAUUCAAAUCUUUUCAAGGCAACGUCAUGAAAGCUACUCAUGAGACACCGGUCCACCAUUACGCGGACGAUCAGACUUACACGUUCACGAAUGAAUCAUCGGGUGGAUGUGAUGUCCAGGGAUUCUCUACUUCGGAAGUUUGGUAUGCCUACCUUGACUACAGCACCAACUAUUGCAACAUGCACAAUCUUCUCACAGGUAGUGGGCUUGACAAGAUGCCAGGAUUUCAGGAAAAAUCCAGUACGUCUGUUUGUACUCAGUAUGAUAAACCCAACUGUGCUAAAUACUGAUGUCGUGAAUGCUUCGUGCUUUCUGGACCUGUCACGGCUCUGUAUACUGCUGUGUGUUGUUGAUCAUGAUCUAUAGAUGUGCGUUUAGUUUGCAUUGUUUGUCAUUUCUACAGACAUCAUUUAAAGUGAAAUGUGUUGGUGUUGGCAAUAUAUAGUAUUUCAUGAGGAUAAA